AUGAGUGAGCUGGAGGACUGCCCCUUGCAGGUCCACGACUUCAAGUCUGUGGACCACCUGAAAGUCUGUCCCCGCUACACAGCGGUGUUGGCGCGCUCUGAGGAUGACGGCAUCGGCAUCGAGGAGCUGGACACCCUGCAGCUGGAGCUUGAGACCCUGUUCUCCUCUGCCAGCCGGCGCCUGCGGGUGCUUGAGGCUGAAACCCAGAUCCUCACUGACUGGCAGGAUAAGAAAGGUGACCGACGAUUCCUGAAGCUGGGUCGAGACCAUGAGCUUGGAGAUCCCCCCAAACAUGGGAAGCCCAAGAAGCAGAAACUGGAAGGGAAGGCGGGACAUGGGCCUGGCCCUGGCCCUGGGCGACCCAAAUCCAAAAACCUUCAGCCCAAGAUCCAGGAAUAUGAAUUCACUGAUGACCCAAUUGAUGUGCCACGUAUCCCCAAGAAUGACACCCGCAACAGAUUCUGGGCUUCGGUGGAGCCGUACUGUGCUGAUAUCACCAGUGAGGAAGUGCGCACGCUAGAGGAGCUACUGAAACCCCCAGAAGAUGAGGCUGAACAUUACAAGAUUCCGCCCCUGGGGAAGCACUACUCCCAGCACUGGGCACAGGAGGACCUGCUGGAGGAGCAGAAGGACGGGGCCCGGGCAGCAGCCGUGGCUGACAAGAAGAAAGGCCUCAUGGGGCCCCUGACCGAACUGGACACUAAAAAUGUGGAUGCCCUGCUGAAGAAGUCUGAGGCCCAGCAUGAGCAGCCAGAAGACGGGUGUCCCUUUGGUGCCCUGACACAGCGCCUGCUGCAGGCCUUGGUGGAGGAAAAUAUUAUUUCCCCCAUGGAGGACUCUCCUAUCCCAGACAUGUCUGGGAAAGAAUCGGGGGCAGAUGGGGCAAGCACCUCUCCCCGCAAUCAGAACAAGCCCUGCAGCGCGCCUCAUACUAAGUCCCUGGAGAGCCACAUCAAGGGGGAGCUGAUUGCCCAGGGCCUGCUGGGAUCUGAGGACCGCCCCGCAGAGGACUCGGAGGACGGGGUUCUGGCGGAGCUGCGCAAGCGGCAGGCUGAGCUGAAGGCGCUCGGUGCCCACAAGCGCACCAAGAAGCACGACCUGCUGAGGCUGGCGAAGGGGGAAGUGAGCCGGCAGGAGCUGAGGCAGCGGGUCCGCAUGGCAGACAAUGAGGUCAUGGAUGCCUUCCGCAAGAUCAUGGCUGCCCGGCAGAAGAAACGGACCCCCGCCAAGAAGGAGAAAGACCAAGCUUGGAAGACUCUGAAGGAGCGUGAGAGCAUCCUGAAGCUGCUGGAUGGGUAG